ACAUCCUCUUCUUCCCCUUCUGCAUCUGGAACUGGGACGCGUGGCUGGGCCGGCGCCUCAUCAUCCUCUGGGUGUGGGUCAUGUACCUGGGCCAGUGCACCAAGGACAUGGUGCGCUGGCCGCGGCCCGCCUCGCCACCCGUGCUCAAGCUGGAGGUCUUCUACAACUCCGAGUACAGCAUGCCGUCCACCCACGCCAUGUCGGGCACCGCCAUCCCGCUGGCCCUUGUGCUGCUCAGCUACGGCCGCUGGCAGUAUCCUCUUAUAUAUGGGCUGAUAUUUGCGGUCUGCUGGUGUUCUCUGGUGUGCUUCAGUCGAAUUUACAUGGGCAUGCAUUCAAUCCUGGAUGUUAUUGUUGGAGUUCUGUAUGCUAUUCUGAUCUUGGUUGUCUUCCAUCCAGCUGUGGACCUGAUUGAUAACUUCAACUUAACUUACAAAUAUGCGCCCCUUAUUAUCAUCAGUCUUCAUUUAGCCUUGGGGAUUUUUUCCUUUACUCUUGACACAUGGAGCACAUCACGAGGAGAUACUGCUCAGAUUCUGGGCUGUGGUGCAGGAAUUGCAUGUGGCUCUCAUGUUAAUUACAUGUUGGGUCUAACAGUAGAUCCUUCACCAGAUGCAUUGCCUUUAGCUUUUUCCCCUUUCACUGUGACUUUGUUUGGAAAAGCCAUAUUGCGGUUAUUGAUUGGAGUAGUGUGUCUGUUGUUAACAAAAAUAGCGAUGAAAAAAGUCACCAUCCCGUUGGCCUGCAAAUUGUUCUGCAUCCCGUGUGACAACAUACGACAAGCAAGACAGCGCAUGGAGGUUGAACUUCCCUAUCGUUAUAUUACGUAUGGAAUGGUUGGGUUUUCUCUCAUGUUUUUUGUUCCUUGUCUGUUUCUUUUGAUUGGUCUAUCUUGAUGCAGACUUGAUAACUGAUGUGGGAAGAAGGGAGUAGUUGCUUAUUAAUGUAAGAAAAAGUGCACUAGUUUGCAGAGGGCAGACUUGUGAGCUUUGCUUUAGCAGGGUAUUCUCUUAAACAGCAAUAAAUGAUAGGCAGUGCAUUUAAAGGAAAUUGCACGUCUCUUAUAAUGUAGGGUCAAAAGCCAAAUAUCAGUUCCUUGGGAAAAGCUGUGCUCCAUAAAUGCGAUGUCUAGUCUUAUUGCUGUACUAGGGAGGUGGGGAGAGAAGGGGUAGGGAGAUAGAAAAAGAGAGGGGGAGAGAGUGUGUGCGCAAGGGGGCGAGAUUGUGUUUGUGUGCAUAUCUGAUACACAUCAUCCUGUGCCUGUAUGUUUUUGACAUAUUGACCACAAGUGAGUCUGACAGCUGAUCUGAAAACUCCAUUUAUGCUCUGAUUUGUCAUUUCAUAAUAACUUAUUUGCAUUAUUGGACCACAAGUUGCUCUAAUGAAACACCGUAUUUGUUUUCCUCUAUCCUUCCCAAAUCCCACCUCCAGGUGUUUAACCCAGCAAAUAUUUCUAAUGGACCAAAUUUAGUGAUACUGGUUUUUAAAAUCUGAAAUUUCCUUCAAUACCUUCUAAAGAGUGAAAUGUUUAAGUUGGCAUUGGUUCUAAACUAUAAAAUUCAGGUACUGUACUUAAUGGCUUAAUUGUGCCUUUCUGUUGCUAAAUUAAGAAAUGCCAUAUAUACUGUGAUAAAAUAAAAUUAGCUGUCAUAUUAUAACUCCUAAUUAGGAAAAUAUUUUAAAAUACAGAUGUCCACAUACUAAAAUGAUUAAAGUUAACCACAGCUCACAAUUUAGUCUGUGUUUAAAAUUGAAUAGAUGGAAUGAGCUGAGCAAUGAAUUACUAAAAUGGAAAAGUUGUGAAUGUGUAAUUCCCUUUUGUAGGUAUUUUUUAUGUGCAUUGCAAGUUACUGGUAGAGGAUAUAUUUUUCUGCAAAUUCUUUAAUAGUUUAUACAGUAGACAGAGAUGUCCAGUAGGAAAAGAGUUAAAAACUAUAAAUAACAAUGCUCACUCUAAAAAGAAAUGGCCUCAUUUAUAUUAUUAUUAUUCGAAAUUAGUUUAAAAGAGACACCAUUUUUAGUGAUAUACUUAAACUCUCUUAUCUUGGCUUCAGAAAAAAAACCUAGGAAGAUUAUAUAGAAUGUUAUGCACAAACAUCAUAUACUGUAUUUAAAAUGUGUUAAUUGUUUCUACCUAGUUUUUCAGCGGCCAGAAGACAAAAUAUGUAAUGAUCAAAGAAAUGUCUCGGUAAUUAUUCUAUAAUAGAAAACAAAAACAACAUGGUCAAUACAUGUAUGCUUGUUGGUCGUUUAUGUGGUAUCAUUAAGAUAGCAAUGCACUUUUCAAUUUGGUCACGUCCUCUUCCCUUUGAUAAAUAUUCCAAGGAUUGUAUAAUUCUCUGUAUAAUAUCUGUGGUUUGACCUUUCACUUCGUCUGCAUGAAUGAGUUAACACGUCAUCUAAGCAAUGUUCCCACAUGUCAAGACGUGCUGUUGUCAUAUUGCAGCAUUCUGACAACGUGGAUUUCUUGUUCCACGUCUGUAUUUGCUUAAAAGCUUUCUGUUCUAGCUAAGCUACUUGCUACUGGUAACGUAUCAUUUCUUAAAAAAUAACUUGGAAUCAGAACCUCUGUAUAUGAGAAAUGAACUCUAGAUUCUGUUAAUAUGUAAAAUAACCAAGUUGAUGUGCUGUCUCUUUCCCAUUAGAGCAGUCACUUUUUUAUGGUACACUGAUAUUUGAAGAUGUGAAAAUAAAACUGCUCAAGGUGCAUUUGGAAUGCACUGAUGGUUAUGAAUGUAUUCCACAGAGUUGGUGUAGUGUGUUAAACCACUAACUUAAAAAAAAAAAAAAAAAGUUUAGGGUUUCUUCUAGUUUUCAGGAAAUUUGGUUAGCUUGUUUCAGAACUCGUUUACAAUUUUUUGUCUGUUCCUUUGUUACAGUUGAAUGCUGAAUAUACAGUAGAAAGAAAGAAAAUUAAUUUCCAAGUUUUAGCAGGAAGGGUUUCACACUUGUAUGGCUCUGCACUUAUACAUGCAGAUUGAACAAAUAACUGCAGAGAACAUACAGAAGGCCUUUUUCUUAAAGCCCUGAGCAGAUGAUCAUGUAAUGUUGGUCUGAUAAAUGGUAGAAAUGACAUUUGUAGGACUUACAUUUUGAAUUCAGGGUUUCAUUUCUUUAACUAGACUGGCCUUACUCCUCUAAUAAAAAAAAGUUUAAAUGGAAGUACAAAAGGGCAGAUGUAUAAGAGCUAAUGUCCCAAGUAAAAAUUUGCAGUCAUGGUUUACGUCAUGAGAUUGUUAAAGCUGUGUUUUAUAGCAGUUCUGCACUAUCAUGCCAUGAAUGCAAAAGAGAACUUAUUGAGGAAGCUUCGUGUAGAGGACAUAUGCAGUCACUGCUUCCAAAAGAAUAGGAAAGAUUGUACUGUAGCUUAUUCUGCUGUUACUCUAUAGAAUUUUUAUAUUUUUGUAUUCUCCAUUUGGUAGUUUCAGCAUGUCGUGUCCCAUGCACAGUGUAGUUUAGUCUUCUGGAAAAAUGUACAUCACAACGUUAAUUUUUGCAGCACUUUCACAAUCUUGUUUCUAGAACAUAGCUAUUUUUUCAAUUUAAUGUAAAUUCCAAUUUUUUAAAACUUUUCUUUCAUGCUUUUAAGGGGUUUAGAAUAUGAAGCAGUUGAACAAAAGAUGACCUGCAGUGUGAAUGCUGUGUGGGAAGAGAGGCAAAAAUACAAAGAUUUAACAAAAAAUGUUUUGUUUUGUGGCUAUGCAUGUUUUCAUAAAGGUAUAUUUUUAAAUCUGGUAAUAAAUACUUAAGCACUUUCAUUGGCCUAAACUAUUCUUUCAGUUGCUAGAGUUGAACAUGAAAAAUAAAGACUUAUAAAUGUACACAUAAGCUGGUACCAAACUAUUUAUAUAGACAAAGUAUAAUGCAUCUAAUGUAGCUUUAAAAUGGUAGUUAUUUAGCAGCCUUCUUAGAAGGGUAGUGCACUUGAAAGACCUGGAGGAACUUGUGUGAGAAUUUGAUUUAUUCAAACAUAACCAUGCUAGCAAAUGUUUUAAUUCUAUGUAGCUUAUUCCUAAAAGGAGAAAUAGUAUUUCUUCAGAAAAGCAAGUCUGCAUCCAUUAUUAAAAGCUAUUACAUUUGACUUAUGUAUUUGGUUACUGUAUACAAUUUUAAUACAGUUGAAAAUAAUGGUAGUGAUCUGUUUUUCAUAAAACCAGAGAGACUACUGUUGAUUCAUGUGUCUGCCUUAAAGCAUGGGAGCAGACUGAUUUUUUUCUAAAUGUCUCUUAAAUAGGACUAUUGCUUUAUAAAGUGUACUCAAUUUAUUUCUUUGAAAAGGUUUUGUGUUUACAGUGUAACUACUACCUUUGCUUGUCUUAAAAUUAGUUUUGAACUUUUUGUUUUAUGCAGUCAUGUUCAAGGCUCUCAAGCCUCUGAUCACAUUUGCCUUAUUAAUUGACUUGCAGAUUAAAAAAAAUAAAGCUAUUGUAACAGUAAAUUGGCAUACCAAAGGAAUUUACAUUGUGGUUGUUUACUUGGACCUUUUCUUUGGGAAUAAGUUUAGCUUUUUCCCCCUGAAAACAGGAAAGAUACAUUUUUAGUGAUUGUAUCUCUAACUUUACUUUGUCUGCCAUAACAGUGUUAAUUGUCCAGAUUUUUAGAAAUUAUCCUGCCUUCUUUUUUUAUAUUAUUUUAAAAGUUGCUUCUGGUUUUUUUUGUCCUUGGUGUAUUUUUUUGUUUGUUUUUGUCCAGAGAGUGUCCUGUAACAUUUGUAAACUAAUGCAAAAACUCUAUAACUAUGAAAAGAUUUGUCAUUUUGAACUUGUAAAUAUCUAAGGGCUGUUAGUGGUUCAAGUUCACGAGACCAAGCCUUGCAUGUUGCAAGUAAAUACACUUGUUUUGCUAAAAGUUGUUUCCAUUUUAGUAUUUGCAUUCUAAAUACAGUAAGAAACAAGAUUUUUAUGACAAAUAUGUAAGGUAUUGAUAUUAAAUGAGAGGACAUAGCUGUCCAGAACCUAUUAAUUUUGUUGGGAGUUUUGCAUCCAAUUCCCUACAUACUGUGCUGAAAAUGUACCCUUAAGGGCUUGCCCCUGCUCUGAUGUGCAGACAAGCAUCGCUGUAUGUAAAGUGAAGUGGCUAACUUUGUCAGUUACAAAAAUAAUAUUUGUUUUUUGAGAUUAGGUGAUUGCUGUUUAUAGGAUAAUUUUUGUGCUCAGUCCAGUUGAACAGCUGGCUUUUAAAAAUUGCUUAGGUCUGAAGAUUUGUCUUUAAUAUCUGAACGAGUAUUUUUACUUGCAAAACUGCACUGAAGCAUUUCCUUCUUUCAUAUUGUCAUCAUGCUGAGUGACAAGCACAAGAUCCCAGACUAUAUAAUGAAUUCCCAGAUGGACUUCAAACAUUUUGAAGCUUACUGCACUCUAGUUAGUCCUCAAUUUUAUUUUUAAUAUUAGAAUGUUCAGGUGUUAUGCACCAUUGACAUGUUCUAGAAGUAACUUGAAGGAAUUUUGCCUUUCUUACAGCCAUGCAUGCCAUUCAGAAGGUACCACUUCAUUAUUCAGAAACAGCCGAAGAGAGCUUAAUUGGUCACUGUUAUGGUUGCCACAAAUAGCUGGACCUAUUAGGAACUUGCUUUAUGAAUUUGUUUUAUUAACUUGAUUUAUGAAUUUUACCAUUUCAGAAAAUUAGCAUCAAUUCUUUCUUUAUAUUACUACUACUUGAAUGAAAAGGAAAGAGGCAAGACAGCUUAAUUUGCAAAUAAAAUUAGAUUUGUAUAAUUGAUGACAUACUUAUGAACUACUUUAUGUAAAUUGCAAAUACUACAGGCUGCAGCCAAUUCUUAAAAUAUUUUAAACUUCUUAAAUAUUUUAAAAUGUAUCUGUACUGGUCAGUAGCUGCAAAUUUCCACAAUACAGUCAUUCAGUAAUGGUUAUAAAAUAUAAAUUUGUCUCAAUAUUAUUCGGUAUCCAUUGCAACAAUGAUAGACUCGGUGGGGACACACAAGUACAAAUAAAGUAUUUCAAAUGCAAUAAAGGUGUUUGUAAGAUUGACAACAGAGAAAAGUUGUCAUGUGAGAUAAUCUACAUAUACAUGUGAAAAGCAGCUUACCAAGACUAAUUGAUAGCAAAUUGUUGUUUGUUUUAUAGUAUCAGUGUGGCCUAAUCAAUGAUUCUUUCUUUGAAAAUGGAGAACACAAUAUUUAAGAAUAGGAAAAAAUUACUUUCAAGCAGUGUACUGUCGAGUGCAAGUCAGGGCCUUGUCAGCUUUAAGAGACUGAGUUAAUACUUAAGUACUGUGGGCUUAAGUUCUGCUGCUGUUUUUCUUUUCGCUUUGGCAUUCAUUAAACUUUCAACAGUUUUCGUGCUAAUGAAACAUCAGGUUUCAACUAGAUUAUAUCACCUAAAGGAGCACAAUUGAAAAAGAUAGAUUAAGGAACUGAACUUAAAAUGGUCUAAUAAAAUCUCUAAAACAGAUUUUGAACUAAAUUUGACAUGCAUGGUUGUGGUGCCCCAAAUUGGCCUAUUGAUUUUGGUACACUAGAGCUGAAAUGGGAAUUUUAUAAAAUAAGUUAAUUAUUUGUGUCAUCUUUCAUGCACAGUUUUCUUCUGUUAAUAAGUUUGCUAAUGAAAGCAAAUACUCAUAAAAUGUUUUAUGGUGUUCUUCAUUCUGUAUAGCUGUCAGCCAAGUAUCUUUCAAUAAACAAUAGUAUAUUUUUAAACUGCUGCCAUCCUCUCAAUCUUGAAGAUAACUUUCUUUAAAAAAAAAAAAAAAAAAAGUACUUGCUAGCAUAUGUCCAUAGUAAUUUACAGGAUUAUGUAAUGGUUACAGUAUGAUAAUGUACAACUUAACCUUUAAAAAUUAAAAAAAGUUUCAGAUCUGUUAGUUGCAUUAUGGUUAAUGCUUUUGCACCCACUGUACCCAUUCUGCAGUCAUCAGAACUAAUAUUCAAGCUUUAACUGAUAAUGGAAAUAUUUAAUUAUAUCUACGGUGACUGGAUAAUAAACUGCUGUUGGAUUCAAA